UUCCCACACACACACACACACACACACACAAAUUGGAAAGAUGCCUGUGAUGGAGAAGCUCAGGAUGUUCGUGGUACAAGAGCCCGUAGUGGCGGCUUCCUGCCUCAUCGCCGGUGUUGGCCUAUUCCUUCCAGCUGUGGUGAGGCCUAUACUGGACUCGUAUGGCACAUCCAACGAAGCUCCUAAGACUUGCAUGAGUGAUGUAAGUGAAUUCGUUGCAUUAGGCGCCUUUACCUCCGUUUUAUGUGCUGUUGGUUUUCAGCAUGAAUAUUGGCAGAGACAUUCUGCUGCCAGUAUGAUUUUCUUUCACUGAUCACUCCACUUCAUCUGUUACCAGUACCAACUUACCAUGCUUUGGAUUAAUGUGGAAUAGCAUAAUAAACCAAUGGUUAGCCAUAUUUAUAGAAGUAUAUCUCUUUCUGUAGUAGAAGCUAGUCUUGCUCCUGCUUCCGUUGCUCUCUCAUCCGCUCGUAGUUUCCUCUCGGAUACACACUACUAUGUUCUCCCUUAAUCCCUUAAGUGUGUGCAUCACUUUUGGUGGCACGGGUUUUUAAUAAAUGUUAGGUGAAUGUGUUGUGAGUGGAAAAGGGGACCCACUUUCUUGUAGUGUUAUGUGGUGGAGUAGUGUCCAAAAAUGGAAAAUGCCUUCUUGUGGGAUAUCCCAAAACGGUAAAAAGUGCACACUCUUAUGGGGUGGAGGGAGUAUUCUUUAGAUCCACUUCGAUCAGCUGUAUUGCUGUCCCUAGCACAUGGAACUCAUCUAGUAUAUAAUCACAUAUGCACUACAGAAGAACAAUAGUAGAAAAGUCGAGGCUUAAUGCACAUCAUCUAUGCCCCUCAACUGCUUUCUUGGGGUAUCAUUGUGCUUCUUCUUUUUGCAGUUUCCGAUGAUAUUAAGUGUUGCUCCCACCACCUAUUAGUCCUGCGCUGCUGAUUUUCUGUCUUAACGCUUAGAUAGCCAAUGCCUCUUUGAUACUAAACUGAAUAAUACAUAAUUCACAAUUGGUUUAUUCUGAAUUUUGACCCUAUUGAGAUUUUUUUGUCCAAAGUUAAAAAUAUUGCAUGUACUUAUCUUUGUUUUUCACGAGUCAAAAAUUUCGGCCAACUUAAGCCGAUGCGUCUUCAAGAAACAGCAUCAAAUCCAAUGAUAUGCCUACAAACAACAUGAAAUGCUUUUUGAAAUGCUGAAAACCAACGAAAAACUCUCUUAAGUUGUUCGGAACUUGUGACUUGAGCUAUCAAGGGAACAAUGGGUCAAAGUUCGGGUGCUAACCACCAUUUCUUAUCUGUUUGGCUGCGGCGUGCAAGCCAGUAACUAGACUUUUUGAAUGUCAGUACACAGGUUUGAGCUCUCUUCUGUUUUUCAAUCUGCAGAUAGUUGCUACUAUGAUUGAAAAGAAGAGAUAAAUAUCAGCUUCAGCGAUUUUUCUGUUCUUCUGCAGCUCCAUGAGAAUAAAUUUAACUGAAAUCUGUAUGUUCCAUAAAUGUAUCUUUUACAUUCUACAUUGUAAAAGGAUCGUAAAACUUAUUUGUCACUGCACCAAAUCUUCAGUUCCAUGAUUGUUGUAUGUUCUUUUUAUUUUGUUUUUCAUUAAUAAAAUCUCUGUUUCUUGCUGCCAA